AUGACACAGGAAAUGGUAGGUAAUGAACUGGGCUUGAAUGCUAUGGCUAUGUCGAGAAUAUUAAGUCAUCACUUGGGCUACACGAAGAAAUCCGAACGAUGGGUUCAACGAAUUUUAAAUGACGACCGAAAAAAGGCACGUCUUCGUUUUGCCCAAUAUUUUUUAGAAAAAUUUGAAAAUGGAAAGUCUAGCACCUUUAGGAAAAUAGUAACAGGUGAUGAAUCUUGGUUCUAUAAGUACGAUCCGGAAACCAAACAGCAGUCCAUAGUAUGGAGCGCAGAAGGUGCAAAUCUCCCAGUUAAAUCAAGAACACAAAAAUCAGCAACAAAAGUGAUGGUGUCAAUUUACUUUACCAUGGCUGCUAUCCCAAUGCAAACUGGACAGACG